AUGCAAAGUAGGCGAUCUAACGUCAACGCAGGCUCCAGGGUGUUUAGUAUGGCCGAAAUCCCUACUCCUCCAGCGUCAUCUGCGCCGUCACAGCACGCGUCGCCCCUCCCACAAGCACGCAAACACCCGCUGAAGCCCGGCGGCCUAAGGGAAUCUGAUCUGAUACGUUACCUCGACCACGGCGUCAACAGCAUCCAGAAGCGAGUGGACAAUCGCAUGACGAACCGAAAGCUCAAGCCGGCGCCGGGCGAGGAGGACGGAUAUAAGGCGUUCUGGGAAGUCGCAAAAGAUCUCGAUGGUCUGGUAGAUGUUGUCUGGGUAUCCGGAUCACCGAACCUCCAGAUACCAUAUCUGCUCAACCUCGCCGUCCUCACCGCCGACUUUCUCCCGCUAUUUGGUUCCUCAACGCGUUCCGCUCAGGCUACUUUCCGUCUGCUCUCAAAACUCGACUACGCCUUCUCAUCCCUACUUACCGGGCACGACACUGCGACCGGAGAGUUCUUACCUGGGUUUGAGAAUGGUCGUACAGUCACCACAACAGACAAGGUUCGCUUGAAGGGCGUUGUAGACCGGACCAGGCUCACGGUCGCCCGUGUACUGAGUGGAGACAGCGUGGUCAGUGACGGGGAAGACGUGGGCGAGGCCAUGGACACGGGCACGGACACGGAGGGAGAGGCAGAAGCAGGUGGACGUCAAGGCACUGUGACCUUUGAAGGCUUCGAGGACAAUGACGACGAUGAGGAAGAUGAGGACUGGGAAGAGCGCGGUGUUGCGAGUGUGUACGAAAAGACUAUAGGCGAGUUAGGCGAUGUCCUAGGCGGUCCACCGAUUGGCAUCAUUACCGACGAUUGGGGCGUCAAUGGCACCGAGCAGCAAAGAAGCGGCGGAGGCUUCGUUGAGUCCGGGGGUGAAGUCGAGCUCUGA